ACAUGUGUGCGUGAGAGUGCGCCAUGAGUGCGGUGCUGGUGUUGCUGCUGGUGGCGCUGGCCGCCGGGCCGGGGAGGCCGGAGAGUUCGACGCGGGGGUCGGACGAGAACGCGAACGCGACCGUGUGGUCGGCCAGGACGGUGGUGGACGCCGCGGCCGGCGCCAGCAACGCGACCAACGCGACGACGGACAGGGGCCUGGACAGCGGCAACCCGUUCUGGGACCGCCUGUACUGGGAGUGCGGCAAGCGGACGUCGCUGCGCUGCGUGCAGAAGAGCGCCUUCCGCUUCCUCAAGAAGUCCCUCGGCGAGAAGGACGUGUUCGUGACGGACAGCCUGGUGUUCCGGCACAACCACAACGCGGCCGUGACGCCGCACCCGCUGGCCGGCGUGGCAACCAUGCUCUCCGGCGAGCCCGCCGCCCUCAAGCACGACGACGGCGCGGACAGCCUCGAGAACGAGCUGCUGCAGCCCAACGCGCUGCCCUCCGUGGAGGACCUCACGGACGACCUGUACGACCAGGGCAUGAGCUUCAUCAAGUCCCACGACGUGCACCUCAGGCUGCCCUCGCUGCUUGGCGGCGCCGAGGUGCGCCUGUCGCCGCGCGCCUUCGAAGAGGACGGAGCCACGUUCAAGAUCUCGUUCAGCCGGCCGCACGUGGACCCGGCCCUGGACCAGGCCCUGGACCAACAGCGCGCCGCCCGCUUCAUGUUCAACGUCAACAAGGGCAGCAUCCUCAAGAGAAUAACGCAGAAACUGUUCAAGAAGAAGCUGAUGACGAGCUUCUUCGCGCUGCUGCUCAUCGUCAAGAUGAUCAAGGUGAAGCUCAUGUUCCUACUGCCCCUCAUCCUGGGCGUGGGCACGGCCAAGAAGCUGCUGCUCAAGGUGCUGCUGUUCCUGUUCCCCGCGCUGUCCCACCUGUUCAAGCUGUGCUCGUACUACCACGCCAACUACGCCAAGUACCACCACCACCACCACAAGAUCGCGCACCACCACCACGUGAUCCCCGUGCCCGUGCCGCAGCCCGUGGUCGUCGGCCAGGGCCUCGGCCAGGGUGCCAACCCCUGGGACGACCAGCGCGUCUACAGGCACACGCCCAACGCCGGCGGCAAGCGGAAACAAGGAGGGGUGGACACCGCGACGCCCAGCCCGUCCUCGCCGCCGCCCGCGCCGAGCCUGGCAAACGUGGUGGGCCCCACAGUGGAGGUGGCCUACGACGCGUUCUACAGCCCGCUGCUGCAGCGCAUGGACAACGUGUUCGUGCAGCUGGGCUUCAACGAGGAGGCCUGCCGGGAGCGCCUCGUCUGCUCCAUGUACAAGAAGCCCUCGCGGUUCGCGCCGCACUCCAACCUCGUCUCGGCGGAGCUCAGCAGGGACCCCACUGAGCUGCAGAAGCCGUCCUCCCUCAACUCGGCCGUGGUGCGCUUCUACCGCUACGUGCAGGCCGCCCGCGACGGCCAGAACGCCAAGGACUGCCUGACGCUGUACCCGGCCUGCACCGUCAACACGGACCUGUGACCGCGCUCCCGGCCUGCAGAGUGAUUCCGGGCGGGGCUUUCGUCGGUCUGUCUCUCUCGCACCCUUGCGGGGCGCCCCAUCAGUGCGAGAGAGAGGCCGCCCACUCGGAAUCGGCCUGCGGGGCGGCUUGCUCCACUUCCCAAGCAGCACGACAUGUUUACACGAGUUUUGACGAACGUUCCGACAGUUUCCUGCGCGGGGGCCAGCUCGCCGCAAGGUCUUGCUGGCCCUCGGCGCCGCGGCCGUCUUGCACACAGUGGGCCGGAAGAGCGGCGCAGGCGGCCAAAGCUCUGGACGCGUUUUGAGCUCCAGAGUCGCCAAACGGGACUCGAACCGAAUCGUGUGAUCC